UUUAGUAUUCUAAAGUUUCAAGGCACCAGAAAACCCCCAAAAGAAAAAAAAAAGAAAAAGAGUUCCAACACACUCCCUUUUCUCAAUUUCUGCUCUUAUUGAUCUUAUGGAGUGGACAAGAGGAGCCAUAAUUGGCCGGGGCUCUACCGCCGCCGUAUACCUCGCAUCCGGAUUAUCUUCUGGUGACAUAUUCGCAGUCAAAUCCACCGAGCUUUCUCUCUCCAAACUCUUGCGAAAAGAGCAAUCUUUCCUCUCAAAGCUAAACUCUCCUCAUGUCGUUAAGUACAUGGGUUUUGAUAUCACGAACGAGAACGAUCACCUUCUCUACAAUCUUUUCAUGGAGUACCUACCACGUGGCACGCUCAGAGACGAAAUCCGGAGGCAAGGAGGGAAGCUAGACGAGACCAAGAUCAGAAGAUACACAUGGGAUAUUCUCCAUGGUUUGGAGUAUCUUCAUUCGAAUGGAUUGGUCCAUUGCGAUGUCAAGAGCUCGAAUAUCUUGAUGGGAAGUAAGAACGUCAAGAUUUCCGAUCUGGGUUGUGCUACAACGGUCGGAGAAGUUACCGGAGAUGGAAAUUCCGGCUUGGGAAAGUUUUCCGGUACACCAGUUUUCAUGGCGCCGGAGGUAGUCAGGCGAGAAGAACAGGGUUUUGAAGCUGAUAUUUGGGCUCUUGGCUGCACAGUAAUUGAAAUGGCCACCGGAAAGAAUCCUUGGCCGGAGGUAGAUGACCCUUUAUCGGCUCUUUACCGAAUCGGGUUUUCGGAUGAUUUACCGGAGUUUCCAAGCUGGUUUUCCUUGAAAGCUAAGGACUUUUUGGGAAUUUGCUUGAAAAGGGAUCCGAAACAGAGGAUGGCAGCUACAGAGCUUCUGAAACAUCCAUUUUUCGAAGAGUUGAGAUCUGAGACAGAGCAAAUGAAGGAGCUUGUAGCCUCUACUUCUUCUUCUUCUUCUCCAAAGAGUGUUUUUGAUCAAAAUGUUUGGGACUCGUUUGAUGAAGAGAACCAUGAAGUUUCUUCUUUGAGCUCUGCUUCUGAAAGAAUAGAGAGAUUGGUUGGUGACUCUGUCUUAACAGUUUCGAAUUGGUCUUCGGACCAAGAUUGGAUCACAGUUAGGAGUAAUGUCGUUGAAGAAAGUGAUGAUGAGCUUUCGGAUAUAAACGAUACUUUAGAGAUGUCGUUUUUGGGAGUUCAUUUGGAAGAGCUUAAUGUAAAUACUAUUAAUACUGUCAAAGCUAGUAGAAAGAGAUGUUUUUUAGUGGCAUUUGGGAGUGUGGAAAUUGAUAUUGUACCUGGAAAAGUUUCAAAGCAAAAAAAUGAAAAAAUUAGUUCUGUUCGAUACCAAUUGUUUUUAUCACCAUUUUUUUUCUAAGGACAAAGUUAAUCUUGAAUGGAAUUAGAACGAGAGCAAAAUUAAUAUUAUAUAAGUAGACCAUUCUUUGUAACUAAGAUUCUUUUCUUAAUACACC